UAAUAAAAUACAUUAAAGUAAAAUAUUGAAAAAGAACUGCAUCCAUGGAGAAUAGGACUCAACGUUAUGAUGAUUCACAAGCGAUAAAAACCCAAGUCAUAAAGCAGCCAAAAACAGUGGCCACAAAAUUCACAAAAAAAGAAUACCCCUUACCAACUCAAGCUUCAUUUUUACUCCAUUUUUCUUCUAAUUACUGUGUGAACUAUCAUACAAGCGUGUCAAAAAAACUCCAAUCAAAAUCAAAGGGGGUUUUGCAUAAAUUAUUCAUCCUGCUGUAAAAAUCCAUUUCCUUUCAUUUCCCUUUUCUUAUUUAUCACAAAAAAAAAAAAAAAAUGUAAAGGGAUCUUGUUCAUUUUUUGGUAAUGAAAAAACAGGAUCUUGUUUAUGAAGGAAUAUUAUUUUUGUACGGAUCUGGGUGGCUCUCGGUCCGUUGCGGGUUUUGUUUUUAUAUUUUUCUGGAAAUGCUGAUUUGUCCCUAGGAUGGGUUUUGUAACUUUUGUUUUACAUCUAGAUGGAUAUGUGAAUACAGUGUUUCUUUAGACCACACGUUUUUCUUAUUCUUUUGUUUUCUUUUCAGAAUUUUAAAUUUUAGGGUUCGAAAAUUUUGUGCAGAUAAAUCCUCUUUAGCUGAAUAUGUUUCUGAUUCUUACAGGGGUUGCUUGUGUCGGGGUUUAUAUUGUAAAUUUGUAGCAUGUUUUCAGAGAAAAGCGGCUUGGUAGAAACUUUAAAGUUUAACUCCUCAAAAAGCCUUUUCUAUGGGGCAAUCUGUGAUUAAUACUGUCAAAAGUUUAGAUUUUUAGGGUUUUAGCUUUAGGAGGGAUUCCUGCAAUUUCUAUAUUUUAUUCAGAUUUUGGAGAUAGCAUUUGUUAAUAAUGUCAUUCAAGAGUAUAAUUCAAGAUAUGAAGGGUGAAUUUGGGAGGAUGAGGUCAAGGUCCCAUCGUGUGCUUGAGGAUCGUCAUGUGUGUGUUGUUGAUGCUAUGCGGCAAAGUUGUUGGGCUAAUAUGCCUUCCGAGCUCUUAAGGGACGUGCUUGCUAGAAUUGAGGAGUCUGAUUGUAAUUGGCCACAAAGGAGAAAUGUUGUUGCUUGUGGUGGUGUUUGUAGGAGUUGGAGAGAGAUUAUGAAGGAAAUAGUGAGGAAUUUGGAAGUUUCUGAAAAAUUGACAUUCCCUGUUUCUCUGAAGCAGCCUGGUCCUAGGAACACCGUAAUACAGUGCUUCAUUAAGCGGAAUCGUGGGACUCAAACCUAUAACCUUUACCUCAAUUUGAGCCAAGCUUCUAAUGAUGAUGGGAAAUUCCUUCUUGCUGCCCGAAGAUGUCGACGCCCAACUUACACGGACUACAUUAUAUCCCUAAAUGCUGACGAUGUAUCAAAAGGCAGCAAUAACUACAUUGGCAAAUUGAGGUCUAAUUUCUUGGGUACCAAGUUCACCAUCUAUGACGCCCAGCCACCAAACGUUGGAGCUAAAGUAACCAAAUCUCGUUCGACAAGAUUAGUCGGAUUGAGGCAAAUAUCCCCUAAAGUCCCUGCUGGCAACUUCCCAGUGGUCCACAUAUCAUAUGAGCUGAAUGUUCUGGGUUCAAGGGGACCAAGACGAAUGCAAUGCAUCAUGGAUGCUAUACCUGCAUCGGCAGUCGAGCCUGAUGGCGUGGCCCCCACGCAAACUGCAUUUGUUCCUGGCAACUUCGAAUCUUUCCCUUCUUCCCUCCCUUUUUUCCGGUCAAAGUCAACUCGGGCCGAUAGCUUCCGGGCCGGGCCACUGGUGGGGCCCAAAGAUGAUGCGCUGGUUUUAAAGAACAAGGCGCCUAGGUGGCACGAGCAGCUUCAGUGCUGGUGCCUUAACUUCAAUGGGCGUGUGACAGUUGCUUCUGUCAAGAAUUUCCAAUUGGUGGCUUCGGUGGAGAAUAAUCGAGGUGAUGGGCAGGAGCAGGAUAAUAAUGUUAUUCUUCAGUUUGGUAAGGUUGGGAAGGAUAUCUUUACUAUGGAUUAUCAGUAUCCGAUUUCGGCAUUUCAGGCAUUUGCGAUUUGUCUUAGCAGUUUUGAUACGAAAAUCGCUUGCGAGUGAUGUCAUUGAUGGAGAUUAUUUUUCAUGGUGUGAUUUGACUUGAUAGUGAUGUUACUCUCGGUUGACUACAGCGGGUGUUUUUUCGAGUUGUUUAUUUAAGUUAUUGUGGAUGGUUUAUGUACUAUUUUGCAUAUGAUGAUUUUGUAAUAUGGAACAAUGUUGGUGGCUGUACACGAGCAAAACCAAGAUUUGAAGUUUACUGUCUUUAUGUUGAUUUAUGAAAGUUCAUUGUAGACAUCAUGAAGCCAUUUGUUUGGUCAGUUUCUAUUUCCCUUGCUGUUUAAUUUGAAGGACAGAGAGAAAAAGUAUCUCUAUGAUAUAAUCUAAUGACAGAGAAGGAAGACUAUAAUUUCCCCUUUGAC